AGCACUGCCCCCUCCUUCCUAAGUGUUUAGAUUUCACUUCUUCACAUUUCAUUUUCUUGUGGUGCAGGAACGUCUAAGGUGGAAUGUACGGCUAAGUUGAUGUUGACGUGAAUUUGAAAACAUGGAGGCAUCUGAUGACAAAGAAGAGGAAGUUCCCUGCUCUGAAAACAGUUUAUGCAAGGAACAAGAAGGCAAGAGGAAACAACAGAAAGAAGAACCCGGACCAACCUGUCUGUCCUUCAAGAGCAGCCACUCAAAAGAUGCCAUUAUUCGUUUUAAUCUUGACCAACCUUCAGAUGCAAAAAGACUUGACCAGAUCUCUGACGUUGGUCAACCUCCCCAUGAGCAUCAAAUGCAGCUGGGCUCCAUAUUUAUGGAACUGGAGAAAAAGAUUGUGAUGUUUGUGAAGGACGAGCUGAAGGAAAUCCAAAAGGUUUUGUGUUCAGAUUACCCAGAAUGUUCUGAGGGUCUGGAAGAGGAUGAGAGGGUGUCUGGAAAUAAGGAUGAAAAACAGAGCAGCAGCAGGAGCAGUAGAGAGGCAUUUUUAAAGAUCACUGUUGACUUCUUGAGAAUGAUGAAUCUGGAUGACCUUGCUGACCUUCUGCAGAGCAAGUCAUUCAUCACAUGUCAACAAACACUAAAGUCUAACCUGAAAAAGAAGCUCCAGUUUGUGUUUGAAGGAAUUGCUAAAUCAGGAAAUCAAAGCUUUCUAAAUCAGAUUUACACAGAGCUCUACAUCACAGAAGGAGACUCUGGAGAUGUCAAUAAGGAACAUGAGGUCAGACAGAUUGAAACAGUGACCUGGAAACCAGACAGACCAGAAACAACAAUUAGGCACGAAGACAUAUUUAAACCCUCACCUGAUAGAGAUGAACCAAUCAGAGCAGUGAUGACAAAGGGAGUGGCUGGCAUUGGGAAAACAGUCCUGACACAGAAGUUCACUCUGGACUGGGCAGAAGACCAAGCCAACCAGGACAUCCAGUUCACGUUUCCAUUCACGUUCAGAGAGCUGAAUCUGUUAAAAGACCAGCAAUUCAGCUUGGUGGAGCUUGUUCACCAUUUUUUUAGUGAAACCAGAGGAAUCUCCAGAUUUGAAGAGUUAAAGGUUGUGUUCAUCUUUGAUGGUUUGGAUGAGAGUCGACUUCCACUGGACUUCCACAACAAUGAGAUUCUGACAGAUGUAAGAAAGUCCACUUCAGUAGAUGUUCUUCUGACAAACCUCAUCAGCGGAAACCUGCUUCCCAAAGCUCACCUCUGGAUAACCACACGACCUGCAGCAGCCAGUCGGAUCCCUCCUGAGUUUGUUGGCAUGGUGACAGAGAUCAGAGGAUUCACCGACCCACAGAAAGAUGAGUACUUCAUCAAAAGAUUUAAAUAUAAGAAGCAGGCCAGAAUGGUAAUCUCCCAUAUAAAGAAAUCAAGAACCCUCCACAUCAUGUGCCACAUCCCAAUCUUCUGCUGGAUCACUGCUAAAGUUGUGGAAGACAUGUUGAACAAAAAUGAUGGAGAAGAGCUGCCAAAGACCCUGACUGAGAUGUACAUUCACUUCCUGGUGGUGCAGAACAAACUGAAGGGCAUCAAGUAUGAUGGAGGAGCUGAGACAGAUUCAGACUGGAGCGCAGAGAACCAGAAGAUGAUCAAGUCUCUGGGAAAACUGGCUUUUGAUCAGCUGAUGAAAAGAAACCUGAUCUUCUAUGAAUCAGACCUGGCAGAGUGUGGCAUUAAUAUCAGAGCAGCAUCAGUGUGCUCAGGAGUGUUCACACAGAUCUUCAGAGAAGAGAAAGGGCUGUACCAGGACAAGUUGUUCUGCUUUGUCCACCUGAGUGUUCAGGAGUUUCUGGCUGCUCUUCAUGUUCACCUGACCUUCAUUAAAUCAGGAAUCAAUCUGCUGGUAAAAGGUGAAAUGAAAUCCAAGGAAUUGGAAAAAAGAAGCCAUGAAUCUCCAGAGACAGACAUUUACAAGAGUGCUGUGGACAUGGCCCUAGAGAGUCCAGAUGGACACCUGGAUUUGUUCCUCCGCUUUCUACUUGGUCUUUCACUUAAUACCAAUAGGCAUCACUUAGGAGGUCUUGUAAAACAGACAGAAGAAAGUUUAGCAAUUAAUAAAGACACAGCCCAGUACAUCAAAGAGAAGAUAAAUAAUCAUCUGUGUUUUGAGAAAAGCAUCAAUCUGUUCCACUGCCUGAAUGAACUAAAUGAUCAGUCUCUGGUGGAGGAAAUCCAACAAUCUUUAAAUACAGGAGGUCUUUCAACACACCAGCUGUCUCCUGCUCAAUGGUCAGCUCUGCACUUCAUGCUACUUUCAUCAGAGAAAGAUCUGGAGAUAUUUGACAUGAAGAAAUACUCUGCUUCAGAGAAUGCUUUACUGGGGCUGCUGCCAAUGGUCAAAAUCAUUAGCAAAGUUAUACUGAGUGGGUGUAACCUCUCAGAGAGAAGCUGUGAAGCUCUGUCCUCAUUGCUCAGCUCAACAUCCUCUAGUCUCAGAGAUCUGGACCUGAGUAACAAUGACCUGACAGAUUCAGGAGUGAAGCUGCUGUGCAAUGGACUAAUGAGUCCUAACUGUGAACUCAAAAUUCUGAGGCUUUCCGGCUGCCUGAUCACAGACGAAGGCUGUGCUGCUCUGGCCUCAACUCUGACUGUGAACCCGUCUCACCUGAAGGAGCUGGACCUGAGUUUCAAUUAUCCUAGAGAGGCAGGAAUGGAGAGUCUAGCAGCUAUACUGAAGAAUCCAAGCUUCAGGCUGGAAUCUCUCAAACUCAGCGGAUGUAACCUUUCAGAGGGAAGCUGUGAAGCUCUGUCCUCAGUUCUCACCUGUCAGGAUUCUUGCCUGAAGGAGCUGGACCUGAGUAACAACAACCUGGGUGAUUCAGGAGUGAAGCUGCUCUGUGACGGACUGAAGAGUCCAAACUGUGAACUCAAAAUUCUGAGGGUUUCAGGAUGUUUGAUCACAGAGGAAGGUUUUGCUGCUCUGGCCUCUGCUCUGAUGCUGAAUCCCAGCCACCUGAGAGAGCUGGACCUGAGUUACAAUCAUCCAGGAGAGACAGGAGCUCAGCCUCUGUUAGCUGGACUGGAAGAUGCAAAAUGGAAGCUGAAGACUCUGAAGGUGGAUCCUGCUGGAGUCCAGUGGUUAACGCCAGGUCUGAGGAAAUAUCCCUGUCCUCUCACAGUCGACCCGAACACCAUAAACAAACACCUGAAAAUAUCUGAAGGCAACAGGAAGGUGACAUAUGUGGAAGAGGAGCAGCCAUACCCUGAUCAUCCAGACAGAUUUGAUCUCUAUCAGCUGCUGUGUACUGAUGGUCUGACUGGUUGCUUUUACUGGGAGGUGGAGUGGAGUGGGAGGGUCUAUGUAUCAUUGAGUUACAGGGGAAUCCAAAGAAAAGGACAGACUGAUGACUGCUGGUUUGGAUUUAAUAAUAACUCUUGGAGUCUCAUCUGCUCAGAUGAGGGUUAUGCUGUCUGGCACGAUUGUAACAAAGUUUUUAAGUGUUCAUCCUCUUCCUCCUCCAAAGUGGCUGUGUAUGUGGACUGUCCUGCUGGGACUCUGUCCUUCUACAGAGUUUCAGCAGAGACACUGAUCCACCUCCACACCUUCAACACCAAAUUCACUGAACCUCUUUAUCCUGGAUUUGGGUUCAGGAAUCGUUCAGGAGUGUGUUGGUGCUCAUUUUAGAGUCGUUCCAAGUUAGAGGGAGGAAACCUACUUUACACGUGUUUCAUCUAAGAUAUGUUUUUAGAUUAACAUAAUAUGUAAGUAAGUAAAAGUAUUUUCAUGGCACCUUAUACGAAUCACAAAGUGCUUCACAAUAAACUAAUACAACAGUUCAAGAACCAAUAAUGCAUGAAGAACAUGAGAAUCAAUAAAUAAGAAAUUUAUUGAUUAAAACAAAAGUCUUUUAAAAGAGAAAACAGUUUGAAGAAGGAAAGCUCCAGAGAAGAGUCAGUGAACUAAAAGCUCUGUCUUAUCUUUGUCUUCAUCUUAAUAUAGGGAAUCACUGAUCACAGGAGCUCAAGGAUUUUUUGUUAGGUGAUCUUGGGUGACUUAAAAAGUGCCUUCAAAUAAAAUGUAUUAUUAUUAUUAUGCACAAUGGGUGCAGAGGGCUUCACAAAUGACAUUAUCUGAUGUUUGUCUAUGAAGUUGGAAAAAGAUUCUUAAGUUGCACUUUAAAGUAAAUUAUAAGCCAACGUUGUUACAUAAAGACUGGAGUCACAUUUGAAAAAGUGAAGGAUUUUGUCAGAAACCAGGCAGCAGAAUUUUAAAUAAUCGUUCUAAUGAGGUUUUGCUAAGAUCCACAGAGUUCAUUCACUGAUUAAACAAAAACAUGAAUAUUUAUUUCCAUUUCAAGAUGUGAGACAAUAGAAAUUAGUUCAGCAGAUGCAUCCAAAGUAAAACCAGAAUCAAUGUUUUUGCCAAUGUUCUUACCAGACCUCCGGAUUCUCCACGUGUCCUCUUAAUCCUUGACAUGUUUUUUCCUUAUGUACACUUUUCUUUACCUAUUUGUGUGAAAACCGGUUAAGAAGUAGUUUUUCUCAGCUGCUGUUGCCUCGCUGAAGACAAUAUAAUGUCUACCUGCAUUGUUUAUGUUUGUUUGAAUCGCACCAUAAUCUAAUCUUACUGUAAUUAAACUAACAAGUUAGCGACAUGAAGGGAGUAAAAGUACUUGACAAUAUUUUUCAGUACUGAUAUAUUAUAAAUGGAACACAAAUGUUGUAACACUGUGUGAAAUUUAGCUUUUUAAGGCAUUUUAUUAAUAUCUACAUUGCAUUAUUUAUCUACACUCUAUUACAGUUUGUAUAGUGCAGGUUUGGGUCUCCCAUUUUUGUCUUCCAGUUUUAAAAUCACUUUUUUGUUAAGUUUUAAUCGAGAAAAAAAACAUUUUACUUACUCUGGUAAGAGGUAAAUAAAGAAUCUCUUUUAAUUUAUGAAAUGAACUGGCCACAACAUGAACACUUGAAAAGAUUUCAUGUUGAUGUUUACAGAUUUUUAAAUAAGGCAUUCUCUAUAUUUGACAAUAAAAUAUGUU